GCAUUGAAAUUACUGUGAGAAUCUCAGGCAUUUAUAAGACACUCCUUGGUUAAAUCGGCUGGACUUCGAGAAAGCCGUCGGGCUCCAUUCCAAGAUGACAACCAAAUGAAACUCAAAACUUUCCCAAUCGAAAUUCAAAUUCAUCCAAAUCCACCGACCCCAUCAAAAUCCAACGCACAGAGCCUCAGAUCUAUCUCUUUACGCACGCACUUUCUCUCAAUUUUCGUUUUUCCGACCGUCAAAGUGGUUUCCGGCAAUCUUUAACCGCGUUAUUCGGCUGCGAUGGUGGUUUACUCCUACUAACCGCGGAAGCUGUGAAGUCCUGAACAAACGGAAAACCACUUUCUUUUGGUGCCAAGUAUGGACCAAUCAGGUUUUGGGCUCUGAGACUGAAGGUAAACAACUAUUGGGCUUUUUCCGUAUGCUUUGAUGGUUUUUUUCUGGAUCCCUGGAGAGGGUUUGUCGGUUGUUUUUGGGGAUCUUUAUGUUUGAUCUUCUUGCAAUUUUUUACGCAAAUUUCUGCUAAUUGCCGUCGAAAUUGACGGAAAACCGCUUUUCGUUUGGUUGUUGGUUAUAACGAAGUGGAAAAUCACCAAGAACAACUCCCUUCUAUGUUAGUGGCUUUCAGUACCCUAUGUUGAAUUGUCCACAUUGAAUUCUGUAAAUUGACGGAAAACCACCUACAAAGACCUCCUUGUUUUAUAAAUAUCUUUAGCCUUUGGCAAAGAAACCCCGUCUGAUUGAAUUUUCUUAAACUACUCUGCAAUUUUUCGUCCUUUUCUUAAACUACUCUGCAAACUACUGGUUUCUUUGAAGACUUUAACCCAAAUCUGAUAAACUCUUCAUAAAAUUAACAUCCAGAUUCGCAGAAGCCGCGUGUAAAACCACUAAAAGGUGAAAGCUACCCAACCCAUCUAACCCCCAAAACCACUCAGCUUCUGAUGGAGCAGUUUUGGCCACUUCUCCAGAGAAAACCAUCAUGAGAACCACCAAUUCAGACUCAGUUUGCCAUAUUGAAGUUUCAGCCAAUUCCCUGAGAAGUAUUCAGAAAACCGCCAACUCUAAUUUCCCACCUGUCCUUCUCAGCUUCUAAUUUAGCGAUCUACAUCAAUUUCCCUGAAAACCUCCCUGAGAACCACAUACACCAACUACCCAUAAAAUCACCUUCCUAAAGGCCAGCCUGAAAAGUGAAAAGCAUUCAUCCUGCCCGCCUCACAAACCUUUUCAGCUUCUCACACACCUUCAACAUCAAUUUCCUCCAGAACCGCAUCGGAAACAACCCUCAUUUAUGUUCUCUAAUGUAGGAAUUGCACUGAAUUCCCUCCAAAACCCCUGAAACCCACCUUGUUGACCACUCUUAACCAGAAUUUAUCUUGUAAUGGCACCCCCACAACCAGCUGGCCUCUGGUCAGAUGAUAACAAUGCCAUGCUUGAAGCUUUCAUGGCAGCUGCUGACCUUCCCAUCCCCUCAACCCCUUCCACUUGGUUUGAUCCCAGCCCGUCAAAUGCUACCACCACGCAUACCACCACUUCCAGUAUAACAACACAGGGUGCAAAUGCCACCUCUCCAUCUCAAGACUCUCUUCAACAUAGGCUCCAAUCCCUUAUCGAAACAGCCCAUGAGCCAUGGACCUAUGCUAUUUUUUGGCAACCAUCCUUACCCUCUCAGGCCUUAGCUUGGGCCGAUGGCUAUUACAAAGGUGAGCCCCUCAAGCUCGCUCGACCCCCUGCUCCCCCUUCAGCUGAGCAAAUCAAUAGAAAGCUAGUUUUACGGCAACUCCACUCUCUAAUAUCUCAGACCUCUUCGGCCACAAAUGAUGAAUCAGUCGAUGAGGAAGUCACCGAUACCGAAUGGUUCUAUCUCGUUUCAAUGAUGCAGUCUUUUGCAGGACCCACUGCCCUCCCGUCCCACUCUUUCUUCUCGGGGGCUCCAGUCUGGCUUGCUGGCGGAGGGCGCCUUGCCACCUGCCCCUGUGAGCGGGCUCGCCAAGCCGUAGCAUUUGGGCUCCAAAGCCUGGUUUGUAUACCCACUUCUAGUGGGGUCGUCGAGUUGGGGUCUACUGAGGCAGUGCCCCAUAACCCGGAGCUUGUGCGUGGGGCACAGGCUUUGUUUACAUGGCCGGAUCCACAUGCCCAACAUGAUGAUCCCUCGCUUUGGCUCACUGAUCCAGCGCCUGAACCCCCUGAGCCUGCAAAGACUACCACACAGACUCCUCCAGUUACGAAGCCAGUGCCCCCUCCUCCUCCUCCCCCCCCUGUUGUUGAGAACACGAGCAAUUCAACUGUGACCCAAACUGCCUUUUCGCUUAAUUUCUCGGACUUUGGGUUCGAGGGGCUUGCCACGAAUAACCAACGUGGGGCCCUCAACACGUAUGAGGACUCACAUAGGGAUGGAAAGGUAGGUAAUUUACAGCCAUGUAAACCUGAAUCCGGUGAAAUUCUAAGCUUUGGUGGGGGCAAUGGUGGUGGUAAUAGUAUGAGCAGGGGUGGGUCCUCAUCAGGCUUAAUGGGUCGGGUUGAUGAGAAGAGGGGGGGUCGGUUGGGUCCCACUAUGGGGCCUACAAGGCAAAAUGGUGGUGUGGACGAGGGGAUAUUGUCAUUCUCAUCGGGGGUAGUUUUGCAAUCAGAGCUGAAGUCGGGGGCUGAUUCUGACCAUUCAGACCUUGAGGCCUCUGUGAGGGAGGUAGAGAGUAGCCGUAUUGUGGACACUGCUGCCGAGAGGCGGCCUAGGAAGCGGGGGCGGAGGCCUGCGAAUGGGAGAGAGGAACCUCUUAACCAUGUGGAGGCUGAGCGCCAAAGGAGAGAGAAACUGAACCAGAGGUUCUAUGCAUUGAGGGCAGUGGUGCCCAAUGUUUCGAAGAUGGAUAAAGCUUCAUUGCUUGGUGAUGCCAUUGCUUAUAUCAACGAACUGAGGGGAAAGUUGCAAGGCUUGGAAUCAGAGAAUGAUGAGCUUCAAACCCAAGUUGAAGCUUUAAAGAAGAAAGAGUCCCAAUUGUUUAAUGGGUCUCUAAAGAGCCAAGCGCUAAGUGGCGAUUCUGAUCUCAAGGCUCACUCCACACACUCCUCUGCUAAUUCUGGCAAAUACCCAGGUCUUGAAAUUGAGGUCAAGAUAUUGGGGUGGGAAGCAAUGAUAAGGAUACAAUCGAAUAAGCAGAAUCACCCAGCUGCUAGAUUCAUGGUGGCCUUGAAGGAUCUCGAUUUAGAAGUGCAUUAUGCGAGUGUUUCAGUUGUGAAGGAUUUGAUGAUACAACAAGCUACGGUAAAAAUGACGAGCCGUAUUUAUACACAAGACCAGCUCAGUGCUGCCCUUUAUUCCAAAGUGGCAGACAUUGGGAGUGUGAGAUAGUGGAUAAGGUGGUGGGGUUGUGUGUGAGCAUAUAUGUAAUAUUUGCAGGGAGUAGAGUGCAUAGCAAGGGGUUCAGCGAGGAGGUGGUGAGUGAUGAUCUUUAGGCUCUCAAUGCCGCUGUUAUUGCCGGAUGCUGGGAAAUUUUAGCCUCAGUGUCUUGGUAAAAAUUGGGUGUUUGGCGCUUUGGGAUUGAGUGGGAGAUAAGGGGUUUUUAAUAUGGCAAAUGCUGGUGCUACGUUUAACAGAUAUUACAGAGGGAGUUGUGGAGUUGUUGGGAGCCAUGUCACUGCAACUCAGAGAUAUGCAAUUCCAUAUGAGAAGAGAAAGCAUGGUCGGGUCGUAGGUGACAGUGGGUGUUAGUGAGGUGUGCCUGCUGUCUUCUCAAAUGUAUCUUCUCUCCUAAAAUCUUCUUCCUCUGUAUUUAUUCGUGAAUGUUUGUAGUAUUGUUAGAUCUCAAUUUUCCAGAGGAUUGUGUAUUCUGUAUGAACUUCGCUAAGUACGAAAAAUUCAUAUCAAUCGCUAUAACUGCAUUUGGCUGCAAAUACUGACUGAUAUUUGUAUUAUAGAUGAUGUUCUUGCAAAGUCAGUGUCAUGAAGAACUCAAAACCUCUGUUUGAUUAUCUGGAAUUUUGUUUUGGGACUUGUUGAACCCCGAUAGGUGUGAUGGUUGGUGGUUAGCUAUAUGUCAGCUAUCUUGCCAGGGUCUGUUUUUGUUUAUUCUUCCUUUACAAUAUUGUAAAAGUGGCUGAUUUAGGUUUCCGGCAUUCAAUGUCAUAUUGCCAGUGUUAAAACAUUAUGUUUUAUUGCUGCUGUCGUUUGGUCUAAAAUUUCUGUUUUGGGUA